AUGACACCUUCAAUAAGCACUGCUAAUCCUGCAUCAUCGCCGAAGUCUGCUACUUCGUCUCCUACAAAACCAAAAUCUUUCCAAGAGGCAGUCGCGGCAUAUACAGGAAAAAAAUUUCUUACUAAACAAGAAAAGAAACGCAAGAGAAAGUUGCAACUCCAACAAAUUCAGAAACAACAGCAAGAACAAAAGGAAGAUAAAGUGGAAGAACCUCCGGUAAAGAAACAAAAGGCCAGCACCACGUCUAGCAUACUAAGCAAUAUUUUUUCAUUGUACAAACGAGUUCCAUUUGGUGGAACUCCCACACCACCACCUGCACCUGCCACCGAAACAGAUGAGGAUUUAGGUGAAGACCUUUCCGAGUCCCCGUUUACGGGAUUUAGUGAAGCUGAAACAAAAAGUCAAGAAGAAGAUGACGAAGGAGUGGAUGAAGAAGAAAAAGACGAGGAGCAGUCUAAUGCAGUUUCUGAAAUUGACGAUGAAGACGACGAAGAAGAAGACGAUGAUUUCAAACAAACCACAUCUGAAGAAAGUUCUCCAGUAGACUCAUCAUCGCCUUCAUCGGAAGAAGCUAUUGACGAAGAAGAAGAUAUGGAACGAUUAAAACAUGAUUUGAAAGUUGACCAAUUAAUCAAUACUGGCGACGAUGAGGAAGAAGAUGAAGAUGAAGAUGAAGACGAAGACGAAGAGGAAGAAGAAGAAGAUGAAGAUGAUGAAUCUAGUGAGAGUGUGCCUGCAGUAAAGUCAAUUAGCACACCACCUACAUCUCCAGAAGAAGAAACAACCGAAAAAUCCAUCCAAAAGCAAGAGAUCGAAUAUAAUGACAUAAAUCAAGAUCCAAAUGACCGUGGAUCUAAUAAUUCUACCCGCAUUUACAAGAACUGGCGAGAAUUAGCCAAAAGAAAACCUCCAGUUGGAUUAUUAAACCAAGGUGUUACUUGUUAUAUGAACUCAGCAAUUCAAUCACUCCUUCACAUCCCUGCAGUACAACAUUAUCUCAAUGACAUAUCCCAAGGUAAAUACAAUAAUGUUUUAAAACCUAGAAGUGUUAGUCAUACAUUGGCUGAAUUAUCCCGUAAAAUGUGGGGCUAUGACAAGAGACCUGUUAAAUAUGUUAACCCUAGGAAAAUAAUUUCAAGACUAGACGACAUUAAUUGUAUGAUGAGUGAAUGGCAACAAGAAGAUUCCCAUGAAUAUUUUAUGUCACUUAUGUCAAGACUUCAAGAAGAUAGUACACCAAAGGGGAAGAAGUUACAAGAAUCCAUCAUUUAUGAUAUUUUCGGUGGACUUUUACACCAAAGAAUCACCUGUUCCAAAUGUAAUAAUGUUUCCGAAACCAAACAAGAGUUUUAUGAUUUAUCACUUGGAUUAAACAAACGAAAAUCUAAGGGCGAUCCAUCUUCUAAAUAUCUGAUUGAAAAGUCGAUUCGUGAAUUUUUCAGUAAUGAGUUGAUUAAAGUUGAUUCUAACUUGAAGGAUUCGGGAUACUUUUGUGAAACGUGUCAUUCCCAUACCCAAGCCAACAAGGUUUCCGUGAUUAACCGAGCGCCCGAAACUUUGACUAUUCAUUUAAAGCGUUUCAAAUUCAAUGGAAACUCAUCUUCAAAAGUCAAGCAAUCAAUUAGGUAUAGUAAAUACCUCGAUCUUGAUCAAUAUACCGAGGGAGAUAUUACUGCUAAAUAUAGAUUGGUGUCGGUUAUUGUGCAUGAAGGAAGAUCAAUUCUGUCUGGACAUUAUGUUGCCCAUUGUCUUCAACCGGAUGGUGUAACUUGGUGUACUUAUGAUGACGAGUAUAUUAACCGUAUUGAGGAAAGAGUUGCAUUAUCUGAUCCUUCUGCUUAUGUGUUGGUUUAUACUAAAUUAACACCAAAGAGUAAGAAGAGGAAAUUUGAAGAAGCAAACGGAACUCCUGUGAAAAAGAGAAGAGUGUAA